AUGGAUCUUGAGUUUGAUGAUUCACACUUUAUGCACCCUACUAGAACGAGAAAACAAGAAAGAGAUGAGCUUCGUACAGAUUUCAUAACUUUCGUGGAUUUAAUGCUGGCUUUGCAAGGGAACAAUCCUUUGAACAAAUUCUCAGUCAAGUGUAAAGAUGAUGUUGGUUCAGCACCUGUCAUUGCUUGGAUAAACAAUGUCUUGAAUCUUGACGUGUCAGUGCUUGUUCUCCACAUCUCUUCGUACUGGGAUUGGCCUCUGUCUUCUGAAGUUACUGUGAGCGAGAGAAUGGUUCAUGAGUUUUGGCAAUCUUGCUCUGUGUCUAGCACAAGCCUCAAGAGACUAACGUUUCUGAAUUUUAAUUCGCUAACUGGAGCGAGUCUCAAUCUCCGAAUGGCGCAUGAUCAGAUCAACAAGGCAAAGUUUUCAGAUGAUGAUCUUAUCAAACCAGAUGAAGGGAUGGUCGGAAAUGCAACAGAUCUUAUCAUUGGAAUCUCAAAUGUAAAGACUCUUUACUUAUCUGACAACACUCUUGAGGUACUUAGUUUCUGCUGCGAACCAAUGCCAACUUUUAACAACCUGAUUCGGUUAACUAUCAAGACUGACAGAGAUGUAGGAUGGGAAUCAUUGACGGCUUUACUCAAGAACAGCCCAAACUUAAAAACACUUAUCUUCGAUGGGCUUCUCCAUAGAUUUGGAGACAAGUGUAAAAGUACUGACGAGUGUUUGUGCAGUCCUUGGGAGGAGGAGGACAUUCCCACUUGCCUAUCAUCAAGUCCUGUGAAGGUUUUAAAGAUAUUGAAGUUUGGAGAUAUCUAUGAAGAUGAGGACAUGGACCAAAUGAUGGAGCAAGUCGUCUACUUUCUCGAGACAAUGCCGAAUCUUAAAAAACUCAUAAUACACUACGAAACGUCCAUAGACGAAGAUGUGGAAGAAGUACUAACACAGUUUCAGAUGGUUUCUAGAGAAGGUCUAACCAAGUGCAAGAUUCAAGUAAUCUCUCAUAACCUAACCUUGUCCUCUACUUAAAAGCAUGUUUCCUUUUCUGGUUUCUCAAGUUGUCCUCCACUUAAAAAAGCAUGUUUCCUUUUC